GGCAGCGUGUUUCUUGCCGCUGCGGCCAGUCGCAGUCCUUCCAAGGCGCUGCUUCGGGCAGACCGGUCUGCCUGUCCGUACGUGUGGGGCUGGACUGGGUCGGAGCUGUCCAAACGGAGGCGCGGCCACAGCUCGCGAUAAGGCGGCGGCGGAGGCGGAGGAGGCGGAGGGAGGCAGCCAGCCAGUGCGGCCGGCCAGCCAGUCAGUCAGUGAGCGCGCGGCUGCCAUGAGGGGAGGCGUGGGCGCAGGCUUGGGCUGCGGCCUUCUGCUGGCGGCGGCGCUGCUGGCCGCCGCUCCGGCCUCGGCGGGGCUGACGCGCAGGCGCGAGGACAAGACACGCUGCCCGCAGGUCAAGGCGGUCCGCGACCUCGACGUGCACCAGAUGCUUGGCCGAUGGUUUGUGGUGCAGUACUACUCCAGCUCAGAGGAGGCGCUGGCCUACCGCUGCAUGCGAGCAGAGCUCUCGCUGUCGCCGCUGCGGCCUGAGGUCUCCAUGAAUUUCACGUACUCCUUCACCGAUGACCCUGACAACGAGCUGCUGGCAGGCAACAUCACGUGGGAGAUUCCUGAUCCUGCAAUGGCAGCGCACUGGGUACAUGCCGAGGAUACCUAUGAAGGUGUCUACAACACAUUUGUUGUCAACUCUGACUACAAAUCUUGGGCACUAUUACUACACUGUGCUGAAAAAUCUAAAAGCCCGCGAUAUUUAUCCAGUUUCAUUAUGAGUCGUGUACCUGGUCUUCCAAAAAAUGUAAUUUCAUAUUUACGAGAGAAGCUACCACGCUAUGAUAUUGAUCUUUCAUUUAUGUUCCCUAUGCAACAAGACAACUGCCCUCAAAGUAAUGGUAAUAAGAAACCACCUGGGAUAUCCAACAUGCUGAGAGGUCACCCACUGAAGCAUAAAUGAAAUAUUUGUUACAGGAUUCAUAUAGCAAAAGACUGUGUUAGUAAGAGUACAAAUAUGUUAUUAAGCAUUUCAAAUGUUUAUUAUAGAAACUUUUUAUAAGAAAAUGUGUACAGAUUUCUGUGUUAUACUUCUGGAAUACAAUGAAAAUGCAUUUAAAUGCUAUCUACAUACUAAAUUGCUAUGUUAAUUCAUAUAUAUUUUUCUCUUACUAAACAAAUAAUUUCUUUUCUGUGCCAGCCAUUGUACAGUUGCUUUUACACUAUCUGAUAUUUCUGUUACACACACCUUUGCACAUAGAUUUGGACUGUAUGGGAAAUGCACCCUUUCAGUCAAAGAAGUCUUGCAAUUUAUAGUUUCUGUAACAAUGAGUACUGUGUUUACAAUAUAAGAUUGUAAUUGCACACUCAUGUUGCUGUAAAGAUCAAAAUUAAUUGUAAAAUAAAUAUUUUAAGUUACUGA